CUCGAUGGUGCCUUUCCCGUCCACAGUCUGCUUAGAGAAAUCGCAUAAAUAUGCCAGACUCUAUCGUGUGGGAUAAAUUCGACGCGUGUCCAUGCUAAAAUGUGUAUAUUUACGGAUUUAAUUAAUAAUAAUGUACAUAAAAGGUGUCGUCAAGAGUAUGAAACAGCCACAAGACUGUUUUUUUUCGGAAUCGAAACACGUACAAAACAGAUUGCAGUCGCGCUUCAGUAGAUAUCACGUCUAGACAACAGCGGCUUACGCGAUCAAAACAAACACAGCACAACGAAACAUAGUUGAGGAAGCUGAGGAACGGUGCUAAGUUAUUUUGAUCUUAUAGCAUUAUUUUAACCCUAAAGUUAUUCAUUAACUUUGCACUGUUCUUUUUUGCAAACAGAAAACAAUUUCUGCAAACUGAUUCUUGAGGCGAUAUAGUGGUAGAGUCUUCUUUCAGCUUGUUGGUAGUUCAAUUUGUUUCCAUGCACACGGGAAUUCUAUCUUGCGGUAAAACGAGUGGUAUUUGAGGUUUAAUACCAGUACGAAGUUCAGCAAAUAAGGAGUGCUUGCAAUUCUAAGAUUUUAACUGGACAAUUUUGAUUUUAUGUAACAAAACCUACGCUUGCAAAGUAUAGUGUAAAAGCAAACGUUGGUCCUGGCUACAAAAAAUGACUGAAACGUCAGGGAUAUUGCAGAAACUAUCUAAAGGACCUGUGGUUGGGGAUGGUAGCGUUCUUUUAACUUUGGAAAAACGAGGAUACUGUAGGGCAGGCGCGUGGACACCUGAAGCUGUGAUUAAAUAUCCAGAAGCUGUUCGUCAGUUACUCAGAGAAUUCGUGCGAGCUGGAGCCGAUGCCAUUCAGGCCCCAUGUUUUAACUUUACCGAAGGAAGCUGGAAAACCAAUAAGCAGAAUGAAAGAAAACAGCAGCAAUACUCAGUCGAGGAGAUAAACAAAGCUGCUUGCAUUAUGGCGAAAGAAGUGGCGUCGGAGGGUGGCGCACUCGUGUACGCUUCGAUUGGGCCUGUUUCUUCGUUUGUAAGAGGGGAGAAUGAAAAAGAAACGAAACAGAGCUUCGAAAAGUUACUGAAACUUUACUUAAAACACAAAGUCGAUUACUUUGUUGCAGAAUAUUUUGCCCAUAUUGAAGAACUCGAAAUUUGUGUCGAAGUUUUGAAACGAGGGAAUUUGCCAGUAGCUUGCACGAUGAGAAUUGGACCAACUGGCGAUUUAAACGGUGUUUCUGUCGAGGAAUGUGCAAUAAGAAUGGCGAAAACCGGAGCAGAUAUAAUUGGAAUCAACUGUUUGUAUGAUCCAGUGGUUGCUUUAAAAACCAUGCAACGUAUUAAAUCAGCUGUGGAUAAAGCGGGGUUAUCACCAUAUCUCAUGUGCCAACCUCUGGGCUGGAUGUGCCCUGAAGUAGAACAUCAUAAGAUGGGACAUUUGGCAUUGCACGAAUUUCCGUUCGCCUUAGAUUCUCGCUCGGUUAAUCGUUUCGAAUUUGGCCAGUUUGCUCGGAAAGCGUUUGAACUUGGAGUGAAAUACAUUGGAGGAUGCUGUGGUACGGAACCUCACCAUAUUCGCGCCAUCGCCCAAGAACUCCAGCCCGAACGUGGAAUUGAUCCUCCUGUAAACGACAUGUGUCCUCAGUUGGGUUUCUUUGCAGACGCCAGCUUAUCCAACUACAAGAAAAAGUCAGAUGCGGAUUAUUGGAAGAGGUUGGUUCCGGGAACAGGCAGAAUGUUUGGGCCACCAUGUGUGGAAAUUGACGAGGAUUGCGAAAGAGUUUAACUAAAGCCAGAUCAUUUGGUGCCAAAUACAAUUAUUUCCCACCUGAAAUGAUAAAAAGAAGAAUAAAUGUGAAAUACAAGAAAGCUGCGCGAUAAAACGAGCAAACGUCUUUUUGUGUUUUUUAUUUGGGUUUAAAAAUGUAAAACAGUGUUCAAGGAGUAUACUGCGAUCCAACGCUAAACAUUCUGGAGAAAUCCGACACUGUAUUCAUAUUAAAUCAAUACACGUUGGAUUUUACUUCACUCUGUUUGGAACAUAACCAGAGUGGAAAGUCAGUUUAAAACUGACGUGAAACAAGUUUU